CUCUCCUUUGGAUAUAUAUUCUUAAAACACACGUGUUUGCUUGAUAGCACGCAGAGGACAGAUUAUUCACACAAUACUGUGAGAUAAUUUAUUUUUAUAAAAAAAAACUAUAGUGAAACAAAAUGCAACAUGACGAUGUUGUGUGGAGUGUUAUUAAUAAAUCAUUUUGUUCCUUUAAAGUAAACACAAAAACCCAGAAGUUUUGUAGGAAUGAAUAUAAUCUUACAGGGCUAUGCAGCAGGGCAGCGUGCCCUCUUGCAAAUAGUCAAUAUGCUACAAUUAGGGAAGAAAACGGUGUUAUUUAUCUUUAUAUGAGAACAGCAGAAAGAAUACAUACACCCAAAAACAUGUGGGAAAAAGUCAAGCUAUCCAGAAACUUUGAAAAAGCAAUACAGCAAAUAAAUGAAAACCUGCUCUACUGGCCUAGUUUUAUAAAGGCAAAAUGUAAGCAUAGGUUUGUCAAGAUCACACAGUAUCUCAUCCGUAUGAGGAAACUUCAAUUAAGGCGGCAGAAGAAGAUUGUACCUCUUCAGAGAAAGAUUGAAAGAAGAGAAAGACGUAGGGAAGAGAAGGCUUUAAUUGCUGCCAGAUUAGAAACUGCAAUUGAAAAGCAACUUAUGGACAGAUUAAAACAGGGGAUGUACAAUGAUAUUUACAACUUUCCACAAAGAGUAUUUGACAAAGCUGUGGAAGCUGUUGAAAUUGAUGGUGAAAGUGAGGCAGAAAGUGAGCAGGAAGAAGAACAACAGAAGGAAAUUGAAAAAGAAUUAGAAAUGGAAUUGGAAGCAGAUGAACAGGAAGCAGAACAAAAUGGUCCUGAAUAUGUUGAAGCUGAAAGUGAUGAUGAAGAUGACGAUGACGACGACGAUGAUUUCGUCAUGGACGAAGAUAGUGACUCAGGACAAAAGGAAGAAAUUGAAUUAUCAGACAGCUUUGAAUCUGAAGCAAGCGAUAUUGAGGAAAUAGUACCAUCUACGAGUAAGAGAACGAAAACGCCGAAAGUUGUCAAGAAAGGAAAAGUACAAAAGCAAAAGCAACAAAGGGUGGAAAUUGAAUAUGAAUUGGAAGAAGAAGAUCGGCCAAAAGAACGAGUACAUCGAGUUCGUAGUAAAUAGAAAUGUAAUUACGUUCAUGUAUAUGUGUAUGAAAUAAAAUUAAAUAUAACAUUUU